UAAAAAAUUUGUGGUUUUUUAGACUUUAUUUUGAUCUUUUAUAGCUACCAAAAAUGGCAGAAGACAUAGAAAUAAUUGUUUAUGGGGCAGCUUAUUUUAAUAUUAUUAGUCGCGUUCCUCGCCUACCUAGAAAAGGUGAGAAAAUGGUGGCUAAUGAAAUUAAGGCUGAUUUUGGCGGAGAUACUAUAUUUAGUGGCACUGUGGCUAAUAAACUCGGUGCUCGAACAGCUGUAGUUACAAAAGUUGGAUUGGAUGAUAAUGGAAAAAGUUUCGCUGAAUAUAUGCAAAGUUUAGAUAUCGAUACAACUUAUCUAGAAAUAUGUAGAGGGCAGAGAACAGGGAUUCGGCAAAUCAAUAUCGGAGAUAAUGGGCAAAAACAUAUCAUUUCUAUACCAGGCGCCAAUAUAUUAGCCACCUGUGUUGAUAUCGGCUCAGCUUUGGAAGUUUUUAAAAAUGCUAAAGUAUUGAUCUGUCAACAAGAUUUAAAUUUGGGAUCAGUAAUACAUGCUUUGAAGACAUUUAAGGGAAUUUCAAUCUUAGAUGGCGUUUUCAUUCAAAACCCUCCACUUGAUUGCAUAAAAGAAGCGACCUAUUAUUGUUGCAGUGGAGAAAUGGCCGCACGUAUUCUCGGAGUAUCAAAACUUCUAGUCGUGAAUGACUUCGUUAUGGCAUUAAAUAAAAUUUUAGAAAUGGGUGCAAAGAUACCAAUUAUAACUGUCGGAUUACGUGGAGUAGUUUACGUUGAAACACAAGAGACUCGUUCGUAUAUACUAGUACCUUUACGUCCACGUUCUAUUAGAAACCUGACAAACACAGGUACAGGGUUUGUUGGUGCUCUGGCUUAUUAUUUAGCCCAUUUUCCAAAUGUGUCUCUUCAACAGAAGAUUGGAUGUGCUUAUGAAGUGACCAUGUUCUCUGGUGUCGUUGACGAAAAUUGUGGAUCUGAUGCUUGUGAAUUACAAAUCGAUCCGUUGAAAGUAGUAUAUCCUUGGCGACUAUUACGUUCUCAAUAUUAAAUGCAUUUAGUCAAUAAGACAAAAGUUAAUCAAUUGAACGGUAGUAAUAAGACAUAAUGUAUAUUUCGUAAGUGAGUAAAUAGUAGUUAUAUUUUAUCUCUGUAUAUAGCAGCAAUUUUCAUUUACUUGAAACAAAAAAUA